UGAGUAGGCCCAGUUGUGAUCUGGGUGUUGGAGUUUGAGACGCAGGAAGAAGGAAGCGUUUCAGGGUGAUUGUGAGUGUGUUGGCAAGAAAGAAGUUUGAUUCAUCAUUCAUGUCUUUGUCUCCUCAGGUUGGAUACUUGGUUCCACUAAAUCGAAAUUUUAAGGAAGAAGCUUCAGUUCCCAAGUUUGCUGUCUCAGAUGGCAUAAACGUUAUUGGGCGUAACAACAUUCCUGUCCCCGACAAGAGGCUUAGCCGCAAACACCUUACUUUAACUGCUUCUCCCAAUGGCUCGGCUAGUUUGCUCGUCGAGGGGACGAACCCAAUUGUUGUUAAUUCUGGGAAUAAGAGAAGGAAGCUGAAUCCUAAAGAAGAAGCUACCAUUUGCAAUGGUGAUAUAAUCGAGCUUAUUCCCGGUCACCAUCUUUUCAAAUAUCAGGUGUUGGGUGGUGAUGGAAAAUCUUCAACUUGUAGAAACAACGAAGCUCAAUCAUCAUUCAAAAACAAAGCUUCAGGCAGGAGUUCCCAGGAUAAGGUUGAAACAAGCAGCCAGAAACAAGGAAGGAAUGCAGACGCACGGAAGUCGUCGGGUGAAGACAAUAGUGUGGAGGCCAUUCGUAAUUUCCAUGUCCCUAGUGACCAAAUACCUUCCACUUUUCGACUUUUGCACGUGCAAGGGUUACCACCUUGGGCAAAUACUUCUUGUGUUUCUAUAGGUGAUGUUAUUCAGGGAGAUAUUAAAGUUGCUAUUCUUUCAAACUACAUGGUAGACAUUGAUUGGUUGGUUCCUGCAUGUCCUGCACUUUCAAAAGUGCCCCAUGUGCUAGUUAUUCAUGGAGAAAGUGAUGGGAGGGUGGAUUACAUAAAGAGAAGCAAACCUGCAAACUGGAUUCUGCACAAACCAUCAUUGCCAAUUUCCUUUGGGACACAUCAUUCAAAGGCUAUGAUGCUUAUAUAUCCUCAAGGAGUGAGAGUCAUUGUGCAUACAGCGAACUUAAUUUAUGUAGAUUGGAACAAUAAAAGCCAAGGUUUGUGGAUGCAAGAUUUUCCAUGGAAAGAUCAAAAUAGUCUGAGCAAGGGAUCUGGAUUUGAAAAUGACCUGGUUGAAUAUCUCAGUGUGUUGAAGUGGCCAGAAUUCUCAGUUAACCUUCCAUUCCUUGGAAGCGUCAGUAUAUGUCCAUCUUUCUUCAGGAAGUUUGAUUAUAGUGAUGCAAGGGUUAGAUUAAUUGCAUCUGUACCUGGAUAUCAUUCUGGUUCUAGUUUGAAAAAGUGGGGACAUAUGAAGCUGCGAUCUCUGCUCCAGGAGUGUACUUUUGAUGAAGAGUUUAAGAAAUCUCCACUUGUUUAUCAGUUCUCUUCUCUUGGCUCUUUGGAUGAAAAAUGGAUGACUGAGCUGGCAUCAUCAAUGUCAGCAGGUCUCUCUGAAGACAAAACACCCCUUGGUAUGGGGGAGCCUCAAAUCAUAUGGCCUACUGUAGAAGAUGUCAGAUGCUCUUUAGAGGGCUAUGCUGCUGGAAAUGCAGUUCCAAGUCCUCUGAAGAAUGUGGAGAAAACAUUUUUGAAGAAGUAUUGGGCAAAAUGGAAAGCAGACCAUACUGGACGCUGCCGUGCUAUGCCACAUAUAAAGACUUUUGCUCGUUACAAAAAUCAGAGUCUUGCUUGGUUCUUGUUAACCUCGGCAAAUCUUAGCAAAGCUGCCUGGGGAGCUCUCCAGAAGAAUAAUACUCAGUUGAUGAUUCGUUCAUAUGAGCUGGGAGUACUAUUUUUACCAUCAUUAUUCAAACGACACGAAUCUGUAUUUUCCUGUACCAGUAAUGUUACAGUAUCUGAGGAUAAAUGCCCAGCCCGAGAAUCUUCUGAGAUGAAGAAAACAAAACUAGUAACCCUGACUGGGAUUAAAAAGGAGAGUAUGCAUUCAUCAUCUGAAGUUAUUAUCCCUUUACCUUUGCCUUACGAGCUCCCUCCCCUGCCUUAUUCUUCCCAAGAUAUCCCCUGGUCUUGGGACCGGCAAUAUAACAAGAAAGAUGUCUAUGGUCAUGUUUGGCCACGGAUGUGAGCAUAUCAAAUGACAUGAUUGUUUCUGCAACCAAGUUUGCCUGUGCAUGUAUAUAUGUGUUUUACAUGGGACAAAGGUGUCUUGUUUUCAUUCCAUACGUUUUGUCAGAAAAAUCAGGCUUAACUUUUGUUUUGGAGUAAAAUAUACCAAAAGAUUAAAUGUUAUUUCUUUUGAUUCAAGAGGAUUAAGUUUGUUUCAAAUUAUUUUUCAUUCAAAGAUAUUGAAACCUACUUUGGUAGAUUCAAAGCCUUGUUCCCUAAUUUGUACUGCAUGAAGCUUUCCGUUGUUCCUUUAA